AUGUCAGAGAAACUCAAAGGCAACAUUUUAGUGACGGGGGCCAACCGAGGAAUUGGGCUGGCGCUGAUCAAACAGCUGGGAGAGACCCCCGGAGAGGAGGGUCACAUCUACGCCUGCUGCCGGGACCCCCAGGGGCCGGGGGCUCAGGCCCUGAGAGAGCUCUCCACUCAGUGUCCUGGGAAGAUCACUGUAGUCAAGCUAGAUGUAUCAGAUGUGGACAGCAUCUCCUCUGCGGUCCAGACAGUGAGCAGGAUCAUCGGGGCCGGGGGGCUGAACCUCCUCAUCAACAACGCUGCCAUCAACAGACCCGAGACCCCCGCCCCCCUCUCUGCCUGCGGGAAGAAGGACAUGAUGGAGGCGUACGAAACAAAUGUGGUCGGCCCGUUUCUCCUCGUGAAGAUGCUGCUCCCGCUCCUCCAGAAGGCUGCAGAGAUGGACUCUACUGUGAAGGGUGAUAAGAUGUCCUGCAGCAGGUCGGCCGUCGUCAACAUCUCCACGCUCAUCUCGUCCAUAGAGAAAUGUCCAGAAACAUUCCCCAUCGCACAGAUGUACCCUUACAGGACAAGCAAG